AUGCAUCCUGCACGCGCACUUUUAGAUAGUGCCUCCCAGCCAGAUUUGAUGAGUAGCCGUUUUGCUAACCAGCUAGGUAUCAAAUCGGGCACGGUCGACAUCACGCUGAUUGGUGCUGGUCAAUCGUCCACCCCGGUGCGGAAAUCGAUGCGCACCACGGUAUCAUCCAGAGCGAGCCCUUAUGCGAUUAACGUUGAGUUUUUGAUAGUCGAGAAGCUUAUUGCUGACCUGCCCGCACAUGAUGUGCCCACCAGUGGCUGGAAAUUACCGCCACAUAUCAUAUUCGCCGACCCCCAUUUCGAGAAGUCGGCACCGAUCGACAUUAUUCUCGGUGCCCGGCACUAUCACACGUUCUUUGUAAGCGGGGCGCAAUAUAAAAUGUCAUCGAAUCUACCAGUCCUGAUGGAGAGCGUAUUUGGCUGGGUCGUGAGUGGAUCAGCAUCUACCUCUCAGCCAGCAACAUCCAAUACUUUUCACACUUCAUCCGUGGUGUGUAUGGUUUCAUUAGAAGAAUCAAUAGAGCGUUUCUGGAAAGUAGAAGAACUACAGGUUAACGAUGGCUAUUCUCCUGAGGAUCGCAAAUGUGAGCAAUUAUACAAAGAUACAACACAGCGAGAUGAAGCUGGUCGUUAUAUGGUAUGCUUACCUAAACAAGCAGACUUCGAUGAUAAGCUUGGCUUUUCGAAGGCAGCAGCAUUAAGGCGGUUUAGUUUUCUAGAAAGGAGGUUAGAACGAGAUCCAAACGUAAAAGCAGCGUACCAUGAUUUCAUGCGUGAGUAUCUGGAGCUUGGGCACAUGUCACGCAUAAAAAAUCCCUCCGACGACGAACGCGCGUAUUAUCUGCCUCACCAUCCCGUGUUCAAAGCCGCUAGCUCCACAACAAAGGUUCGCGUGGUAUUUGUUGGUUCAGCUAAGACGUCCACCGGCUUUUCGCUAAACGAGGCGUUAUGCGUCGGCCCUGUCGUGCAGGACGAUCUGCUCGACAUAAUUUUGCGCUUCCGCACAUAUAAGGUAGCAGUUGUUGGAGAUAUUGCGAAAAUGUAUCGACAAGUAUUGCUCCAUCCUAACGACCGGAAAUUUGUACGCAUUUGCUUUCGAUUUUCGCCUCACUCGCCAAUCGAAUAUUUUGAGCUGAAUACGGUUACUUAUGGCUUAGCCCCCUCAUCAUUCUUGGCAACCAGAACAUUGCUGCAGCUUGCAAACGAUGAGGGCGCCUCUUGUCUCAAUGCUGCAGCUGCUUUGAAAACUAACUUCUACGUUGACGAUUUCAUCGGUGGUGCUGAUUCCAUCGGAAAUGCUCGACAGUUGCGAAUCGAGCUUUCUCAAUUGCUCGCCAAAGGCGGCUUCGAGCUGCAAAAGUGGACAUCCAAUAGCUCGAGGUGCUCGCCGAUUUAA